AUGUCUUUUGUCUCGCGGCCCACGCAGCCCACCGAGGAUGCCAGAAAGAACCUCCCCGAGUCUCAAGGUCUGUGUCGUUACCCGUUCAGCACCCAGGAGGCCGAAACGCUGUCGCCACACACGAUCUCUCUCUCUGGCGCGCACAAUUGGAAUGUCUGGGAGGAAAACACAGGCUCCCGAAACCACAUUUCUCGUGGCGUCCGGACGCAGCAGCAAAACAAUCGUGCACAGCAGGCUCACACAGCAGCGGACAUUGUCUCAUUCUUGCCGGCAUCGAGCUUCAAUCCGCUGGCUGAACCCUUCGUUCCUGGAGCGUCUCGUAUGCACACGUUGGCUGCGACACCGGUGCCACAGCCAUCUGUACAGCAGACUUCUGCGGCCACGGACGCCUCUCUUGUGAUCAGAUAUGACUGGCUUCCAAGCCUGCGACUGGGAUUAGCGGCCGUCCACCCGGCGUCACGGAGAGUCCUUGCACAGUCUAUCGUCAGACUAAAGCCGUGGGCCCGGGACCCUGUCCGCGUAGCCAUAUUGUCCGCCAAGAUAGCAAAGUGCGUCAUCGAGGGUCACUACCCCAGCAUGACGACAGUCGCGCAGUUCUCAAGCGAGCUUCACCAGCUUUUCCAGCGAGAGGAAGGUGGCCAGCUCGCGAUGUAUUUCAGACGCUGCCUUGAGCUCUACCUCUGCCGCUGCUUCGCCGAGUACUGCUAUCCGUUCUGUCAGCAGCCCCAUGAGAUAUACUCCAUGCGGGCGGCGGUUCGGUCUCGCGAUGGCGAGGUG